CUCUAUGAACUGGACAGCGACCCGAAGCGCAAAGAGUUCCUGGACGAUUUGUUUGGCUUCAUGCAGAAGAGAGGGACCCCGGUCAACCGGAUCCCCAUCAUGGCCAAGCAGGUGCUGGACUUGUACACCCUCUACCGGCUGGUCACGGAGAAGGGGGGCCUGGUGGAGGUCAUCAACAAGAAGAUCUGGCGGGAGAUCACCAAGGGGCUCAACCUGCCCACCUCCAUCACCAGCGCCGCCUUCACCCUCCGCACCCAGUACAUGAAAUACCUCUACCCGUACGAGUGCGACAAGCGGGGGCUCAGCUCUCCCGGCGAGCUGCAGGCGGCCAUCGACAGCAACCGCCGGGAGGGGCGGCGGCAGACCUUCGGGACGGCCCUCUUCAACUACUCCCCGGUGGGCACCCCGGGGGUCCUGUCCUCCCCCAAGAUCCCCAUGCCGGCCCUUGCCAUCUCGACCCACAACUGCAACCCAAUCAGCCAAGUCCACGCCAUCAAGAAAGAGGACGGUCUUCUUUCGUCGACGAUGCCCGGCCGCCUCACCAUCCCGGUCAGUUUAGCUGGGCAUCACCUGGUGGCCGCCCAGGCAGCCGCGUCUCAAGCGGCCGCCCUGGAGCAGUUGCGAGAGAGGUUGGAGGCGGGAGAGCCUCCGGAGAAGAAGAUGGCCCUGGUGGCCGAGGAGCAGCAGCAGCGCCUGGUCCAGCAAGCCCUCCAGCAGAACCUCCUGGCCAUGGCCUCGCAGUUCCCCGUCAACAUCAAGAUCAAUAACCGCGGAGAUGACGGACAGGAAGCGGCAUUGAAUCUGUCCACCAACGGCAUUAGCAGCAUCAACAUGUCAAUAGAAAUAAAUGGAGUUGUCUACACAGGUGUGCUGUUUGCCCGACGAUCCGGCAUCACAGGCGGCGCAGCAGGCGCCCACAGCCACGCCGGCCCGGUGACGUCGCAGAACCAGCUCUCGUCCACGGUGUCGCGUGGCCACACUCCAGCCAGCACUUCACCAUGAGGAGGGAGGAGCUCCCCGGAGCCUGCCGGUCCCGACGUCCACCCUAACU